GGGUCUAGCUGUGACCUGCAGUGAGUGAUAAUAACGUCGUGUUGAUGCGGUCAGUCAUCAUGGCGCUCACCGCUCCGGACCAAGAACACCCGUACAGCCGUCUCAUCGACACGCUGACGGACGGCAUCAAGUUCUUCAGUCCACAGAAACUCAACGAUCCCAGAUACGACAAGCUGCCUCUGUCCAUCCGUGUCUUACUGGAGGCGGCCAUCCGUCACUGCGAUGGCUUUUACACCACAGAAGAAGACGUGAAGAACAUCCUGGACUGGCAGCAGCAGCAGGACCAGACCGAGGUCCCCUUCUCCCCCGCUAGAGUCCUCCUGCAGGACUUCACUGGUAUUCCUGCCAUGGUGGACCUGGCCGCCAUGAGGGACGCCGUGGCCAAACACGGCGUGGACCCCGGCCUGGUCAACCCUAAAUGCCCCACAGACCUCAUCGUAGACCACUCGCUACAGAUCGAUUACAGCAAAUGUGCCAUACAGAACGCUCCUAACCCCGGAGGAGGAGGAGGAGGAGGAGACGCUCCGUCCCGCCCCGCCGCCUCCUCCUCGCGGCGAGGCUCCCACUGUGGCGGUCAGCGCGGCUCCUGCAGUAAAGCGUCCUGCAGCGACCCUCCGGCCUCGCCGGGCCGACCCGGCGCCUCGCCGCAGCAGAUCGAGAACACGCCGCUCCUCUGCCCGUUCCACCUGAAGCCCGUCUCCGAAAUGGAAACGGCGGUGAAGAAUCAGGAAAUGGAACUCAUCAGAAACAAAGAGAGACUUCAGUUCUUCAAGUGGUGCUCCAAAGCGUUCCAGAACGUGAACGUGGUUCCUCCUGACGUGGGCGCGGUCCACCAGGUGAACCUGGAGUAUUUGUCCCGCGUGGUGCAGCUCAGCGACGGCUUCGUGUUCCCCGACAGCGUCGUGGGGACCGACUCACACACCACCAUGAUCAACGGCCUGGGCAUCCUCGGCUGGGGUGUAGGAGGCAUAGAGUCUGAGGCGGUGAUGCUGGGCCAGCCGGUGUCUCUGGCGCUGCCUCAGGUUGUGGGCUGUAAGCUGCUGGGAACCAUCAACCCUCUGACCACCUCCAUAGACAUCGUCCUCGGCAUCACCAAGCACUUACGUCAGGCAGCGAUCUCUGGACGGUUCGUAGAGUUUUUUGGAUCCGGCGUCUCUCAGCUGUCGGCUCCAGACAGAACCACCAUCGCCAACAUGAGCCCCGAGUACAACGCCACCGUCAGCUUCUUCCCCGUCGACCACGUCGCACUACAGCACUUUAAACACACACAUUUUACGCAGGAAAAACUUGAAUUGUUGGAGUCGUACCUGAAGGCUGUGAAACUGUUCCGAAGCUAUGAAGAUUCUUCAGAAGAUCCACAGUACUCUGAGGUGAUAGAGAUCAACCUGAGCUCCAUCGUUCCUCAUGUCAGCGGACCCAAGAGGCCUCAGGACCGAGUGGAGGUCAGCAGCAUGAAGCAGGACUUCCAGCGCUGCCUGGAGGAGAAGGUCGGCUUCAAAGGUUUCCACGUGUCGAAGGAGAAGCAGGAGGCGCGUGUUCCCUUCCUGCACGGCGGUCAGGAGUACCAGCUGGUCCACGGCUCCGUGGUCAUCGCCGCCGUCAUCAGCUGCACCAACAACUGCAACCCGUCUGUGAUGCUGACGGCAGGUCUGCUGGCCAAGAAGGCUGUGGAGGCGGGGCUUGUUGUCAAGCCGUACAUCCGGACCAGUCUAGCUCCUGGAAGUGGGAUGGUCACUCACUACCUGAACACCAGCGGAGUCCUGCCGUACUUCAGCCAGCUGGGGUUUGAGGUGAUUGGUUACGGCUGUGCUACCUGUGUGGGGAACACGGCUCCGCUACCCGACGCUGUCAGAGACGCAAUCAAACAGGGCGAGCUGGUGGCGUGCGGCGUGCUGUCAGGAAACAGACACUUUGAAGGUCGUCUGUGUGACUGCGUGCGAGCGAACUACCUGGCGUCUCCUCCGCUGGUGGUGGCGUACGCUCUGGCCGGAACCGUGGGGAUCGACUUCGAGAAAGAGCCUCUGGGUGAGACCUCGGAGGGGAAGGAGGUGUUUCUGAGAGACAUCUGGCCGUCCAGGGAGGAGGUGCAACACACCGAGGAGGACACCGUCAUCUCCUCCAUCUUCACCGACCUCAGGGGGAGGAUGGAGAAAGGGAACUCUCUGUGGAACAGCAUUGAGUGUCCAGAUUCUCUGGUUUUCCCCUGGGAUCACAAGUCCACCUAUAUCCGCUCUCCGUCUUUCUUCAGUAAGCUGAGUAAAGAGGUUCCUCCUCCUCAGUCCAUCGAGAACGCUCACGUCUUACUGUUCCUGGGGAACAAAGUGACCACGGACCACAUCUCCCCCGCCGGCAGCAUCGCCAGAGUCAGCGCCGCCGCCAAGUACCUGCUGAGCAAACGCCUGACGCCGCGAGAGUUUAACUCGUACGGCGCCCGCAGAGGGAACGACGCCGUGAUGACCAGAGGCACGUUCGCCAGCAUCAAACUCCAAAAUCGAUUCAUCGGCAAACCCGGCCCCAAGACUCUGCACAUUCCUUCAGGCCAGACGCUGGAUGUGUUCGAGGCGGCUGAGCGCUACCAGAGAGACGGGACGCCGCUCAUCAUCCUGGCAGGACAAGACUACGGCUCCGGAAACUCCAGGGACUGGGUGGCCAAAGGGCCCUACCUGCUGGGCGUCCAGGCGGUGAUCGCAGAGAGCUUCGAGAAGCUUCACAGGAAGCAGCUGGUGGGGAUGGGCAUCAUGCCGCUCCAGUUUCUGCCCGGCGACAGCGCCGACUCGCUGCAGCUCAGCGGGAAGGAAAAGUUCACCGUCAUCCAGCCGGACAGCCUGACGCCCAGGCAGCAGCUCACCGUAAAGACGAGCCAGGGGAGGAGCUUCCUGGUCACGGCUCUGUUCGACAGCGACAUGGACGUGAUUUUCUUCCGACACGGCGGUCUCCUACGAUACGUGGCUCGGACUUUACUCUGAAAGUUUCCCUUCAGCAGUUUGUCUCCAGCAUGGACGAAAUAAAACCGGAUUUAUCUGUUCCAGCUGCAGCCAAACGUCUCUGGACUUCAGUUUUCAAAGCGAAGCUGCGAGACGUUUCUGCAGCGGCGUUUUUUUCUUCUCACAGGAAGACGAGUGGUGACAUCACAACAUGGUUUCCUGAGAGGACGUGAAGAAAUAAAUCCUGUCUGCUUCUGUUGUCAUUUAAUGAAAUAAAUCAAUAAAACCAUCCUGCCAAGAAAGGCUCACAUGGUGCUCGCUA